GUUUGAUUUAAAGCACAAAAAAAACGAAAAUUCGUUGAAAAUCAGAUCAAUAUUUUUAAAUUUUUUUAACAGUCCAUCAAAGUUUGAUAUUAUUGUUUCAAUAAUUUUUUAUGAACUUAAAACACAUACAAUCUAAAAGAUACGUGAAUUCAACAAAUAGGUUUCGUAUAGAUUAUUUAAAUCUGUGUUAUUGUUGAAAUAAUGCCACGCGUCAUUGUAUAUAAUACCAACGCAGAUAAGCAAGUGCGAGACUUCAAGGAGUUAGCUCCGGACGCUCAAGAACUAAUAAGAGCAGCUAUAGAGGCACGGCGACUGGCUUAUUGUCCAUACAGCAAGUUUCAAGUAGGCGCGGCUAUACAAACGGGUGAUGGAUCAAUUUAUACAGGUUGCAACAUAGAAAACGGUGCAUAUCCGGCGGGAAUUUGCGCUGAACGUACUGCUGCUUGCAAGGCGGUUAGCGAAGGGAAGCGCGAUUUCGUUGCCUGCGCAGUUGUGGCACAGCAAGAGAGCGGAUUUACCACUCCCUGUGGAGUAUGUCGGCAAUUCCUAGCUGAAUUUGCUAUGCAAAGAGAUUUCCCUCUAUAUUGUGCAAAACCAGCUUGUCCGCCGCUACAUGUUCUUGUCACAAGUAUUCGAGAUCUGUUGCCUCGCAGCUUUUCUUUUCUGGGAAAUAAAUAAAUUAAUAUAUAAAUAAUUUUAAAAAGCACAUAUUGGUUAACAGCUACCAUUGGAUGAACUAUUAUAACGAAUGUACUAUAUUUUUUAAUAUAUCAAUAAAUUUUUUACCUUUUGAAAACGUUUA